GGUUGUUUCCCCUCCCACUGCUUUGACUCACUGUCAGCGACAACGAAGGGUGUGUUCGCAUGAGCGCGGUUCGUCGAGCUAACAGUCGUCUUUUUGCUGUUAUGAAGGUCUUUAUCCUUACAGAUCUGAUCUGAAUUGCCGACAUGGAGAAACAGACUGUUUUUGGCUUCCUGGCAGUGCUGCUGUUGACGGUGUCGGGCUUUUCUUCGGCUGAAGAGAUAACAGCAUACUUUAAGGUUGACGGUGAGCUCACGCUGAGCCCUACCUUCAAUGACCGCAUCACCAACAUCUUGUGGAAACUUAAAGGAGAUCUAGUGGCUGAAUGGAUCGAGAAAACGGUCCCGUUAGAUUAUUACGGCAGGUUCAAGGACCGCACAACCCUGGACAUACAAUCUGGGAGUUUGGUGAUGAAGAAUUUGAGAAUGGCCGACGAGGGGGAGUUCACUGUCGAAAUCAACAACAAGGUCCAUCCUCAGCGCUUCAUUGGUAAAGCCAUCAAGGAAGUGCCCAAGCCAAUUGUGUGGCCAUCGCCACUGUCUUGUCACGCUGAUUUGGACAGUUGUGCGCUUUCCUGUGAUAUAGAGGGAGACGGAGACACCAAAGAGGCUGAACCUAUCACCUACGAAUGGCUGGAGGAAGGCGGGACGUGGCUGGAGAAGGGGAAGAACAUAACAAUCACCAAGACUGGGAGCACCGGUGUGAAAACAUACACCUGUAAGAUGAAGAACCCAGUCAGUGAGAGGAAAAGUGAACCCAAAGACAACCCCUUCUACAUACCAAUAACUCCACCAUCCAUUGAGUUGAUUAUCGGUAUUUCGAUUCCUGUCAUAAUUGCGGUUGCCUUGGGGGUACUUGCGUGGUUUAAACGGGAGAAGAUCAUGUCAUUUAUGUCGAAAACACCAGAUGAAAACGUUUCUAAAACUGACAAUGGAAACAAAGCGUCUCCAUAUGAUGGAGGUGAGAGCUCUGAGCAUGUAGCACUCAGUUAUACCACAGGGGAGUAGACGGACAGAGGCCCCAGAAAGUGCCUGAACAUGAGGAACACUUAUCUCCUGGAAACAGCUUCACAUCUGUUUUCUGCUGCGUUGUCCUCAGACUUGUAUGGCUCCAAACACAUGUUGGGAAAACAUGUCUUAAGUUGGAGACAUUUUCACCUUUGACUGUUACUUGCAGCAAAAAAAAGAGAAAAAUGAUUGUAUUGUUUUAAAAACAACCUUGUAUGCACAGCCUUAGCUACAAGAGCUAGUUGAUAUGGGUUUGAGAGUAGACCUGAACUAUAAAUGGAAGGAUGCAUGCCUGUUAAACAGCAGAAUGCAAAUAAACCACUUUAACCACCCUGUUCAGUCAGUUCAGCUUCAUGUCAGACUUUGAAUUUACAGUAUUAUUGUAACAAUUUGGUUUGCUUUCAUGAAAAUAAAAAAUUAAAAGUGAAAUAGAAAAUGAUUGCCUAGCUCUUAAACCAUUUUGCUUAAGUUAACUGUUGAUCCUUGUUUAUCUGGGUAGACCGCAAGAUUGCAUACUUGGAGACUACAUGUUAAAGAGAAAAAACUGGACUUGAUAUCUCGGCUGCAAGUUAAGAACUGAUCUCACAUCAUUUAGACAAUCUAUGUUAGCAAUGAACAAAGAUAAGGUCUGGAUAAUUUUGCAUUUCAAUCUCUGUAUCCACACUUUGUCUAAUUUAAUGUCUGAGAUGAAUUUUUGCUUUCACUAAUAUUGCUUUAUUUUUACCCUUUGUUCAGCCUGCUCUUAAAUCCUAUAAAUUGAUGGCAUCAUUUUUAAGUUAUUGUUUUAGCACAUUUUUUAAAGCUUGCAGUGUGUGUACCUGUCUAUGUCUGUGUUAUUCUACAGUGUGCUUAAUGAAAUAAAUCUGCAUUAAUCGCCACUUAAACUGUAGAGUUGUACAAUUUUUUUAAAUGCUUAGUUUAGUUUAACAAUUUAGUAUGGAUGAUAACAUUUCAAGCAUGAAGAAUGAAAAGGGCUAAAUGUAAACUUAAAUAAACGACAGGUGUUUCAAA